AACUAGGGGAAAUUUUGGAUGUGUGUAGGCAGCCAAUAAAAGAGGAGAUAAAUAAUGCAGCUGACUCAUACCCAGCCAGGCUUAGACUGUGAUUGCAUCACUGUUCCAGGCAGAUCUCCGCUCUUUGUUGCAGUCGCACUAGCUCACUCCUGUAGUCUCUAUGCCCACACGUCUGGAGUUCUCUCCCCCACUAAACGGCAGAAAAUGGCCAAUCUGAUGCCCGUAAUAGCCCAGGAAGAGCUGGAUCACUUUAUCUUCACCAGGACAAGUUCUGGCUUCACCCUCAAAGCCUUUCAUGCUCCUCAGAACAUUAACAUAUCACUGAAGCUGCUGACCAGUCAGAAUACAACAGAGAGUGAGUUGAAGGUGCUACUCCAAGAUGUAGCAAACACACGACGCAUUCAGUCUGAACAGCUCCUGCCUUCUCUUGGGAUCUACCAAUCUCAGGGACUUCUGGGGGUCGUGACUGAAUGGAUGAGCAAUGGAUCCCUCCACUCACUCAUCCAUGAGCACCACCUGUACCCAGAAUUGCCUUUUCCCCUACUCAUGCGGAUUUUGUCAGAUGUGGCUGAUGGAUUAUAUCAUCUCCAUAGACUAGACCCUCCUCUCCUCCACUACAGCCUGAAACCCUCCAAUGUUCUUUUGGAUACACAAUACAGAGCUAAGAUAACAGAUUAUGGUCUAGCCUCCUGGAGGAAGCAGCAAAGAUCAGUCCUGCAGAACUGCAAUAGAAGCUGCUGGGAUUUGAUAUACCUCUCUCCUGAAAUAAUUGAAGGAGGUGUGCCCUCACAAGAAGGAGAUAUUUACAGCUUUGGAAUGCUAUGUUGGGAAAGCUUAAGCAGACAGAAACCUUUUGAAGGCAAAAAAAACCUGCUGGAAGUUGUGACGGGAGUCUGUAAUGGCCUGCGGCCUGGGACUGAAGCAGAGUAUAUACAGAGCAGUUUGCCCCAGAGAAACAGGCUGUUACAGCUCAUCAUCCUGUGCUGGCACCAAGACCCAGAUUACAGGCCCCAAACUGCAGAAUGUGCGGAACUCUUAAAGAGAAUUUUGAGCACUUUUAGCAAGGAGAAGAUUUCCAGUGCAAUCUACAGUUUGAUCGAUGCAAAGGAGAGAGCAGUAAAUGCCUCCAAAGGCUCAGUUCCACAUGUGCUUCAGACACAUGUGCACAAUCUAGAGGUCCUCUGUGCACAGAAAAACAGCAACCGGCUUAUCGACAAGAGAGUCCCUCUAACAGCACAGAGAUUGUCAACUGUUCUUGACAGCCCUGCAGGAAGAGAGAAGGCUAAUCAGAUGGCACUUGCAGAUAUCACAGCGCCAAACACAACACAAAAAAGAGCUCAUCCAGGCAGUAGAGAAUCACCUCUGCAGCAUUCCUUUCCCACUCCUUGUACCUCUGAUCCACAUGCAGGCAGAGAAGAUGGUGGUCAGUGUCAAAGGGACCCAAAGGUGUGGCAGCAGCAGCCACUACAGUUAUUGCUGCCACCUGAGCACAGCCCCCAUCAUAGCCAAUUUCAAAGCACACAGUGUGAACAAACAUUAACAGGUCCUUGCUGCAAAGGCAGCUGCUGCCAGAUCCUAGCCUGUGGGCGACAGACUAUCUUGAGCUGCAUGACAGAAGGGCGCCUCAACCACAUCCUUGAUGUCCUUCGCUCCCAGCGAGUGUUGUCUAAAAUGGACUAUGAAAUGAUCACCUCUUUUCCCACCCUGACCAGCCGUGCUCGUGCUUUGUUGGACACUUGCCUCUGCCUUGGAGAGGGAGCAGCUCAGAUUGUAGUGACUGUGCUCUCAACUAGCAAAUGUAGCCCUCUGGCACGAGGCAGCCACAUCACAGACAGCCCUGCUAAAUUAAAUAGACGACUGCAGUGAUUUAAGUUAUUUUUCAUGGCAUAUUUCAUGGAUCGGUGCACUGGUAACGUGGAAUGACAUUAAUUCAUGUUCAUUUCUCAUUACCCACUGACUAAAAAGUCUGUUCCUUUUCCUACUGCUCAGUGACUUUAGUCCUCUAAGAGUUCGAGACACCCAUUGCCUGCAGAAAUAACAGGGCCUGGUAAUAUAUAUUCCAACUUGGACCUCUGAGAUGGUAGGAUUAUGGGAGUAUGCCAGAGUCUAGUUCAAGUCACAUGUCACUUAUUAUUUCCUGGUUUCUUAAUGGAGGUAAAUUGAUUGUGACUUAUUGGUGGACGGCUGAGAGGAAGGCUGGUGGUAAGCUCUUCCAAGUCUGAAAGGCACUUAACGAUGGGCUGUUGCCUGGGAAGGAAGAAAGAAGCCAAGAACAGCCAAGCAAGCUGUUGCAGUGAAAGUGAAAAUCAUUAAGGAAUAAGUUUUCAGGAUCUCUUCAAACGAGCCUCUUACAUUUAACAUCUUGCAAACUGAACCAUUUUUUAAAAAUUUUUCUUGCACAAAUGCUCAUUUGUCCUUGUAAACUGGCACACUUACAUUUUAGCAGGUGCAAAUUCAGAGACUCUUUUGCAAUAAAAUGGCCCUAAACAGGUUAAAGUUACCUGGAUACAGCAUGUUAAUGUUGUUCCGUUUAUGAAUGUUACAGGUAAACAAUAUGAAGUUAAGCUGUAAGAUAAGAGGUGCCAAACUGACCACUUUGGAAGGACAGUUCCGUUGAACUGUGAACAGAGAUACUAACAUCAAAGAUUAUCUUUGUUAAAAUGAAAAUGAAGUGCACAAGGUGUCUCCAUUC